AUGGAAGAGAUUUCACCAGCAGUUGCACUGACUUUGAGUAUAGCCAACACGAUGUGUGACGCAGGAAUCUCAUCGAAUUUAGAGUUUUCCGAGCUGGAGAAUGUUACUGAUGUAGUUGACAUGUUUUGUGAUCAGAAAAACCAAAGUUAUAGUAAUGGAGAAGUUGAUUAUAUGAUGGAAGAUGUUUCAGAAGAGAAAACUUUAUCUGAAUCGAGAAGCCUGUCUUCGAAUAUUGAUUUAGCUGUCCAAGAAUCAGAAGAAGAUGAGGUAAUGGUAUCUGAUGCGACUAUUAUAAGCGAAGGUUUGAUAGUUGUAAACGCUAGGUCUGAGAUAAGUUUGCCGGAUUCAGUUGAAAUAGAUAGCGGGCGAGUUCUUGCUACGGCAAUUAUCUUAAACGAGACAACCAUAGAUCAGAUUCCCACAGCAGAAGUCCUUAUUACAAGUCUGAAUCAUGAUGUGAAUACGGAGGUGACAGCUUCAGAGGUAGUCAUUAGGUUGCCUGAAGAAAAUCUUAAUGUAGCAAGAGGAGGCAGGAGUGUCUAUGAGCUAGAAUGUAUACCUCUUUGGGGCACGGUUUCAAUUUGCGGUGGAAGAUCUGAAAUGGAGGAUGCUGUUAGAGCUUUACCUCAUUUUCUGAAAAUACCCAUUAAAAUGCUUAUGGGGGAUCAUGAAGGGAUGAGUCCAAGCCUCACACACCUCACUAGUCACUUCUUCGGUGUAUAUGAUGGCCACGGAGGCGCUCAGGUUGCUGACUAUUGUCAUGAUAGAAUUCAUAUUGCUUUGGCUGAAGAAAUCGAAUGGAUUAAAGAGGAAUUGUGCAAGAGGAACACUGGCGAAGGUAGGGAGGUCCAGUGGGAGAAAGUCUUUGUUGAUUGUUACCUAAAGGUCGAUAAGGAAGUUAAAGGGAAGAUCAGAAGACCUGUUGUUGGUUCCCCUGAUAGGAUGGUUCUUGAAGCUGUUUCCCCUGAAACCGUCGGAUCAACUGCUGUAGUUGCCUUGGUUUGCUCGUCACAUAUAAUAGUUUCCAACUGUGGUGAUUCGAGAGCAGUUUUACUCCGCGGCAAAGAAGCCAUGCCUCUAUCAGUUGAUCACAAACCAGAUAGAGAGGAUGAGUAUGCAAGAAUUGAGAGAGCUGGAGGAAAAGUUAUACAAUGGCAAGGUGCUCGUGUUUCUGGCGUUCUCGCUAUGUCCAGGUCCAUAGGUGACGAAUAUCUGGAGCCAUUUGUAAUACCAGAUCCUGAAGUGAUGUUUAUGCCACGAGCAAGAGAAGACGAGUGUCUUAUAUUGGCCAGUGAUGGACUCUGGGACGUAAUGAGUAACCAAGAAGCUUGUGAUUUUGCAAGGAAACGGAUCUUGGCGUGGCACAAGAAGUAUGGAGCCUUGCCUUUAGCUGAGAGAGGUGCAGGGGAAGACCCCGCGUCCCAAGCCGCAGCUGAUUAUCUGUCCAAGCUGGCUCUUCAAAAGGGAAGCAAAGACAAUGUCUCGAUCAUAGUGAUCGACUUGAAAGCUCAAAGAAAGUUCAAGACCAGAUCUUGA